AUGUCUUCUUGGCCAGAGAARAACAUCUCCUGUCCCGUCUGCCAUGACAUCUACCAAAACCCGGUCCUGCUGCCGUGCAGCCACAGUUUAUGUGCAGCCUGUUGGCAGCAAUGGAGGAACCAGAAACCAAACCCGGACUGUCCGGUCUGCAGGAGGACAUGCCUGUCACAAGACCCACCUCAGAACUUGGCUCUAAGAAACGUGUGUGAAGCUUUUUCUAAAGAGAGAAGUGAGAGGAGUUCUGCAGCUCCUUCAGAGCUCUGCAGCCUUCACGGUGAGAAACUCAAACUGUUCUGUUUAAACGACCAGCAGCCUGUUUGUUUCAUCUGUCGCUACUCAGGAUGGCACAGGGACCACAGCUUCAGACCCCUCGAAGAAGCUGCAGCAGACUACAGAUUCAUGCUUCAGGACCACCUGAGACCCAUUCAGGAGAAGAAGGAGCUCUUAUCUGUUGCUGGAGAAAAUUAUAACCAAGCUUUACUGAACAUUGAACUGCAGUUUAUCGACACAGAGAGGCAGAUUAAAGAUGUCUUCUCAACACUUCAGACAUUCUUACAAAGAGAGGAGGAGGCUCGACUUUCUGCUCUGAGAGCAGAGAAGCAGCAGAAGAACCAGAGUCUGAGGACGAAGCGUGAAGCUGUGAACAGAGAAAUCACAGCUCUGACCGACACCAUCAGCUCCACGGAGGAGGAGCUGAAAGCCAAAGACAUCGCCUUCCUGCAAAAUUACCCAAGUUCAGCAACAAGAGUCCAACUUUUCAACCCAGCAUUAACAGACCACACCCCCGAGGCACUGAUUGAUGUGGAGAAACACCUGAACAAGCUGCCCUUCACCGUUUGGGAGAAGAUAAAAAGCACCAUCUCCUCCACGUAUCAGAGCCCAAACARUAACCUGACAGCUCCACAGGUUCACGUGAACACUGUUUCAUACAGAGCUCCACAGCUUCAUGAAGGCUCUUUAUCAUUCAGUGCUCCACAAACAUUUCACACUUUGAGAAGCAGAAGCAGGUACAGUGUUGCUCUGCCGAGCGUCAGCGAGCCGAUUCGACGCUACAAAAGUCAGGUGGAUCUAACUCUGACCAGCAGAGCGAGGGGAGCCUGGACCAACYUGAACUACUGAUCAAAACAAGACGUGGAUCUGAAUUAAAAGACUGAAAAUAACCUCAAUGUGUGGAAUUUAAUAAACUUUUUAAUUGAUCAAAGUUUAUCUGAGGAAUGUUUGAUAUUGUUCUCUUUAGGAUCAUAAAGUUAAAAUCUCCAUUAAACAGAAUUCAAUUAAAAAUCUUUUAGUAAAUUUUACUGUGAAUGACCUGCUGCUCAGGAAUCAAACAGUUCGAUGUUUGAAGUGUUAACAUGGUGACAGGUGAUAAACAUGUUGUUGUUGUUUGGCUGUAAAAUAAUCUUUCUGAUUGUGGUAAAAUGUAUUUUUCAUGUUCAGGAUUAAAACUGUUUAGAUGGAAAUAAACUGUUUGACUUCUU